GUGAUGAGUGUGUUUGUGUGUACCGUUGCCUGCAUGGGGUUGUCUGAGUGCUUGUGUCCGUUUCCUCCCUGUACCGCCGGUUUUCCCCUUUUAAGAGUGCAUGGAAUUAACGACAGUGGCCGCUCGCGAUAAGCCUGCAUGAGGCCACGAGGGGAUUGUCCACCAUCUCAGUCAUCGCGCGUCCUCUAGCAGCGCUCGCGCGUUUAGCAUCGGGAAAGGAAUCAUGGCUCUAAACACGUCGCCCUCUGGGACUGAGACAUGGAACGGUGCUCCUGAUCGACUACGCGACAAACUGCAGAGCGUGGCUCGAGAUCUCUCCCAGCUCAGCCUAGAUACCGUCAAUGGCACGCGCGAGUCCAGCGGAUUGGGCGAGGAACAACCAGCCUCGGAGGAGGCACCCUCCCAUCGUGGGGGUGUGUUUUUCUCAGACGGGGUGCGGCAGGUGGACUACGUGCUGGUCUAUCACUGCAAGAGACGCACCUCCCAGCAACGCCUCUCUAUCCUAUCCAAUGGCUCUAUCCCGCAGCCGGCAGCCAAUCAGAAGCGCCGCAUCGCUGAAGCAGAACUAGGAGAAGGGGGAAUAGAGGUGGGGCAGGAGGCGGAGUUCAGCAAAGAGCCAACCGACGCAGAGAAAACCCUAAUCAGGGAGGAGUUUGAGGCGGAGCUUCAGAAGGCGGGCUUGCUGAUUGAGCGUGACAAAGAGCCACGGGCGGUGCGCUUCAUACGGCUGCACGUUCCCUGGGCCAUCCUCAGCAGAGAGGCGGAGCGGAUGAGGAUCAGAGUUCCAACCAAGAAGACGUACAAGCUGAGAGAGAAGAUGGGCGUAUCGGGGAUGAUGGCCAGAAUGUGGCAGAAAAUGACUGAUCCAUUUCAGCCCGACGUCCCCACAGAGGACCCCAACAUCAGAGUACUCAAACAGCCCUUCAACAGAGAGAAAUUACACCUGUUUGACAUCAAAUCCAGAGAUCAUCUGUUUGACAGUGCAACGCGGAGCAGAAUCAUAUAUGAGAUUCUACGGCGUACCGCCUGCACACAAACGUGUCAAACCAUAGGCAUCAACACACUACUUGCCAGAGAAGUUUAUAACGCUGCUUUUCCCUUACACGACGGUGACUUUGACACUCCAGAUAAAAAGGACCAGCGAAAUGACAGGCAGAUGCUGCAUGAAGAGUGGGCCAAUUAUGGAGUCUGUUUCAAGUAUCAACCAGUUGACCUUAUCAGGCGGUACUUUGGAGAAGCAAUAGGUCUCUACUUUGCCUGGCUAGGAGUGUACACACAACUCCUUAUACCCCCCUCAGUACUCGGAGUUAUAGUGUUCAUCUAUGGAUUCCUCACAGUCGAUGCCAAUUUGCCCAGUCAAGAGAUGUGUGAUUUGGGGCUGAACAUCACCAUGUGCCCGAUGUGUGACACUGUGUGUGACUACUGGCCCCUCAGCAUCGAGUGCAGUGCAGCCAGGGCCAGUUACCUGUUUGACAACACUGCCACCGUCAUGUUUGCCAUCUUCAUGUCUCUAUGGGCUGCUGUGUUUCUGGAGCACUGGAAGAGGAAACAGAGGUGUUUACAGCACCACUGGGAUUUGACAGAAAUUGACGACGAAGAGGAACCUUUGCAGGAUGACAUGCGUCCCGAGUAUGAAGAUUAUCUGAUGGAGAAGAUACAGAAGAAGAAUACUAAGAAAAAGAAAGAGCCGGAUCCAGUACCGGGUGAAUCGGGCAAACUGCUGACAUCCAAACCUAGCGAGAAUCCGAUCUUUCUGGAGUCUCUGAGCCUGAGAGAUCGGUUGAAAGGAUACUGCAUCAAUUUUUCCUCGAUUCUGCUAAUGAUUGGGGUGACGUUCUCCGCUGUGUCUGGGGUGAUCCUGUACCGCGUGUGUGUGUUUGCCGUGAUGUCCAUGAACCCUGACCCCGAGUCCAAGGCCAACGUCCGCUUCACCGUGACAACCACAGCUGUCGUCAUCAACCUCCUCAUAGUGCUGGUGCUGGAUGAGAUCUAUGGAGCCAUCGCAACCUGGAUCACUGAGCUGGAGAUGCCCAAGACUGAGGCGGCGUUUGAGGAGCACCUCAUCCUUAAGGCUUUCCUGCUGAAGAGUAUGAACGCCUUCGCUCCUGUAUUUUAUGUGGCCUUCUUCAAGGGCAGGUUUGCUGGUCGACCAGGAGAAUAUGUUUACGUUUUCAGAAACUUCCGUAUGGAGGAGUGUGCACCCAGUGGCUGUCUGAUUGAGGUCUGCAUACAGCUGGGGAUCAUCAUGCUGGGCAAGCAGCUCAUCCAGAACAACGUGUUUGAAAUCGCCAUACCGAAGCUGAAGAAGAUGUACCGCGAGUACAAGGAGGAGAAAGAGAUGGCCCUGCUCCUGGAGGCCGGGGAGGACCCCAACAGAGAGCCGCAGCCCUGGGAGGACAACUACAGCCUGGAGCCCUACGAGGGCCUCAGCCCCGAGUACAUGGAGAUGGUAAUCCAGUAUGGUUUCGUGACGCUGUUCGUGGCCUCGUUCCCAUUGGCCCCAGUGUUCGCGCUGCUAAACAACAUCAUUGAGAUCCGACUCGAUGCUGACAAGUUCAUCAGAGACGUCCGCAAGCCGGACGCUGUCAGAGCCAAGGAGAUUGGAAUCUGGCACAACAUUCUGAGUGGCAUCAGCAAGUUCGCUGUCAUCACAAAUGCCUUUGUGAUCUCCUUCACGUCAGAGUUCAUCCCACGGAUGGUGUAUCAGUACAUCUACAGCGAGACGGGCACCAUGCAUGGGUACACUGACUACUCACUCGCCUACUUCAACACCAGCAACUUCAAACCAGGCACUGCUCCCAACUCCACUCAGUAUGACAAAGACCUCAGGGUCUGCAGGUAUAAAGAUUACAGAGAUCCCCCAUGGUCAGCGGAGUCCUACCAGCUGUCUAAGCAGUACUGGUCAGUGUUGGCAGCCAGAUUGGCCUUCGUCAUCUUUUUUCAGAACCUGGCCAUGUUCCUGAGCAUGCUGGUGGCCUGGCUGAUCCCAAACGUGCCGCGCUCCCUGAGGGACCAGAUGAAGAGGGACCGAGCCGCUCUCAUGGAGCUCCUGCUCGCCCAGGAACGCACGAAACCCACCCCCGCCCGCGCACGUCGCUCCGAGGAGGCCGAGGUCAUCAUCAGGACGCCCGAGGAAGACGAGGAGCCACCGGGAGGGGAGUGCAGCAGGAGAGACUCCUGGAGCCCGGAGGAGCCGACAGCCAACCCAGACACCGUAUCCCUGGAGACAGACCUCAGGGAGAGGGGAGCCCAGGGGAGUCCAGAUCCAGAUCCAGAUCCAGGUCCUGAUGCUGCGCCUGAUCUCACGGUAACCACUGAUGCUGAACCAAGCCUCCAUCCCGAGUGUGAAGAGAUCUCUGGUGCGGAAAUACAGACAUCAGAAACGUCCUCGUCAAGGCUGGUGUCUCAGAAGAGUUUAGACGCGCCAGGUCCAACAUCCAGACCCCUUGGAGGAUCAGAGGCCCUGGCGGAGGGAAGGCCUCCUGUGGACCGGAGCAUGAGAGCAAAGGCACGCUGCCGGACCCUCCCGUCUCAAUACCGAGGCCCUGAGACAGGGGACAGCAUGGCUCGAACCAGCCACUCCACCAUCUUUACCCACCUGAGCCAGCAGGUUGCGCCCUCACGCAGCCAGCUGACCAUGCUGAAGGAGUCCAUGAGGCAGUCAGCACAGAGCGAGCUGGCCAGGAGCAUCCUCAGGAAUCGCUCGAGACCGCCGUACCAGAACGACUUGGCUCAAGCGACCCCGAAGCCUCCAUCUCGACCCCCGUCACGACCACCAUCUGACACAGAGUUGUCCCAGCGGCAGUUCUCGAGACCCCCCUCGCAGAGCGAACUAUCCAAAUCCACCCAGAAGGCUCCAUCGCGGCCCCCCUCAAGGUCCCCAUCAGACUCUGAUAUGACCCGAGGUGUCCAGAGAGGCUUCUCAAGACCAACGUCAGAGACCGAGCUUUGCGAGGGGUCCAGUAAACCUCCAUCACGGCCGCCAUCCAGACCCCCAUCUAGACCUCCCUCAGACGGGGAGUUGGCCCAGAGAGUCCACAAAUCUCUCUCGCGACAACUGUCUGAAGCUGAGCAAUCCGAACCCUCAUCCAGACCUCCAUCUCGGCCACCGUCCAGGGCCCCAUCUAGACCUCAUUCAGAUGUAGAUUUGGCCCAGAGAGUCUUGAAGUCACUCGCACGAUCAGCAUCAGAGGACGAGGCUGAGCCGACCGACACCUCUUCCAGACCUCCAUCUCGGCCACCGUCCAGGCCGCCAUCCAGGCAACCUUCAGAUCUGGAGUUGGCCCAGAGAGUCUUGAAGUCACUUGCGCGAUCAACAUCAGAAGACGAGGCUGAGCCGACCGACACCUCUUCCAGACCUCUAUCUCGGCCACCAUCCAGGCCGCCAUCCAGGCAACCUUCAGAUCUCGAGUUGGCCCAGAGAGUCAUGAAGUCACUUGCACGAUCAGCAUCAGAGGACGAGGCUGAGCCGACCGACACCUCUUCCAGACCUCCAUCUCGGCCACCAUCCAGGCCCCUAUCCAGGCAACCUUCAGAUGUAGAGUUGGUCCAGAGAGUCUCGCGACCACCAUCAGAGGACAUGUUACUUGAGAUCUCAGAGCCUCCCUCACGAGCACCCUCCCAGGGCGAACUGUCCCAAAGCACCACCCAACCUCCAUCCAGGCCUCCAUCCAGACCUCCAUCAGAGAGCGAGUUGGUGCAAAAAGUUGGUGCUCUCUCGCGCUCCCCAUCCCAAUCGGAGCAGGCUGACACCGCCCUAAAGACUCUCUCGCACUCCCCAUCCCAAUCGGAGCAGGCUGACACCGCCCUAAAGACUCUCUCCCAGCUCCCGUCAGACAACGAGCUGGCUCAGAAUGUCCUGAAAGGUCCCCCUGCUUCGGACCGGAGAUCCAGGGCCAAGGGACGCUGCCAGACCCUUCCUCCCAACCAGAGUGGCCCCGAAGCUGGGGAGACCGCAGUCCGAACCAGCCACUCCACCACCUUCACCCAUCUAAGCAAACAGGUCCCGCCGUCACGCAGCGAGCUAACCAGGGACACACACGUGUAAUCAGAGACCGUGUAACUUGAUAACUGCAUAAUAGAUGCUGGAGAUGAAAGGUCUCCAGGGGGUCAUACAGAGGUCACACAGAGGUCACUUAGAGGUCGUAUUCCUCUCUAGAAUCCCCAUCUCGUCUGAUCUCCUCCCCAAAUGCUUGAGAGUGCAAAGUCACCUGCCUGGAUGGUUACACGAACUGAACUCAUCACUCAUGGUGAGAUUCGUUCCUCUGCUCUCCAAAUGAUUGGCUGAUGAGAUGGUUCUCAGCUCCUGCAUUGGUUAGGGAGAUGGUUCACUGUUCUCUGAUUGGCUGAUGAGAUGGUUCUCAGCUCCUGCAUUGGUUAGUGAGAUGGUUCAUUGUUCUCUGAUUGGUUUAAAUGAUGGUUGCUAUACAGGUUCUCCUGCUUAUCAUAGACAAUAACCGUGACUGCCUCUUGACAUGAAAGCCAAGAGAGAGACUAACAGAAACACACACAUAUAAACACACACAGACACACACACACAUUGACACCUCCAACACACACACACACGCACACAAACACACACAAACACACACAAACACACACAAACUGCAAUGUACUCUUGCAAUGUACUUUUUACUACAGUAUUUUUUAAGGGGAAGGAAGUGAGUGAUAAUCUGUCUUGAUGGUGUGGUAGAGUUGAAAUCUGAAACUGCAUUUAUGAUGUAGAAUACCAAAGAAGGCCACCCACCCUUUUCUUAGAUAUCCUCAACAUUUUGAUAAUAUAAACGAAAAUUAUUAUUGUUCUUAACACAUAUGUUAUUACUGUUCAUAUAUAAAGACAAAGUUCAUAAUAAAAAUCUGAACUAA